AUAAAAAUAGGCCGAAGCUGACACCUGGCUAUAAACGCAGGAGGGAUUCCAACACCCCAAUCAGAAACCUGUGGAAAAAACCACAAGACGCACAUCUGUACGAGAGAGAGAGAGAGAGAGAAACGUCCCCUGCGCAAUGACUUCCAGUAAGAUUGAACUACCCGGCGAAGUUAAGCCCGACGCCGCUGCGCUCAGUGCGUCUCUCCAUUCGAUGCCCUCGCCCGUGUUCAAUCCGGAGAUAAAAUAUACUAAGAUCUUCAUUAACAAUGAGUGGCAGAACUCGGUCAGCGAAAAGUUUUUCCCUGUGUACAACCCUUCCAACGGGGAGAAGAUCUGUGAAGUUCAGGAAGCAGACAAGGCGGACGUGGACAAGGCCGUGCAGGCUGCCCGCCUGGCCUUUUCCUUGGGCUCCGUGUGGCGCAGGAUGGACGCUUCGGAACGUGGACGGCUCCUCUCCAAGCUGGCUGACCUGGUGGAGAGGGACAGGGCCUACCUGGCGACGCUGGAGUCCAUGGACAGCGGAAAGCCAUUUCUUUCUGCCUUCUAUGUAGACCUUCUAGGAACCAUUAAGACCCUGAGAUACUUUGCUGGUUGGGCUGACAAGAUCCAUGGAUUAACCAUCCCGAUGGAUGGGGAUUAUUUUUCAUUCACCAGGACCGAGCCGAUCGGCGUGUGUGGACAGAUCAUCCCAUGGAACUUCCCACUGCUGAUGACAGCCUGGAAGCUGGCCCCUGCACUGUGUUGCGGGAACACCGUGGUGCUCAAGCCGGCCGAGCAGACUCCUCUCAGCUGCCUCUACAUGGGGGCGCUCAUCAAAGAGGCCGGGUUCCCGCCCGGAGUCGUCAACAUCGUGCCGGGUUUUGGGCCUACGGCAGGGGCCGCCAUCGCAUCCCACAUGGGCGUGGACAAGGUGGCUUUUACCGGAUCUACCAAGGUCGGCAAGCUGAUCCAAGAAGCAGCUGGACGGAGCAAUUUGAAGCGAGUGACGCUGGAACUCGGAGGAAAGAGCCCCAACAUUAUUUUCGCAGAUGCGGACCUGGACGUGGCCGUGGAGCAGGCCCACCAGGGCGUCUUCUUCAACAACGGCCAGUGCUGCACCGCUGGCUCCCGCAUCUACGUGGAGGAGUCCAUCUACGAGGAGUUCGUGCGCAGGAGCGUGGAGCGGGCCAAGAAGAGGGUGGUGGGGAGCCCGUUUGACCCCAGCACCGAGCAGGGCCCCCAGAUCAGCAAGGAGCAACAGAGCCGUAUCCUGGAGCUCAUCCAGAGUGGGAUCAGCGAGGGGGCCCGGCUGGAGUGCGGGGGCAAGGCCCUUGGCCUCAAAGGCUUCUUUGUGGAGCCCACUAUCUUCUCCAACGUCAGCGAUGACAUGCGCAUCGCCAAGGAGGAGAUCUUCGGGCCUGUUCAGCAGAUCAUGAAGUUCAAGACCACGGAGGAGGUGAUCGAGAGAGCCAACAACUCUGAUUAUGGCUUGACUGCCGGCGUGUUCACCAAUGACAUCAACAAGGCCAUGAGCGUGUCAACAGCCAUGCAGGCUGGCACUGUCUGGAUAAACUGCUUCAAUGCCCUGAGCUCCCAGUGUCCGUUUGGAGGAUUCAAGAUGUCGGGAAAUGGGCGGGAAAUGGGCGAGUACGGACUGAGGGAGUACUCUGAGAUCAAGACGGUCACCAUGAAGCUUCUGGAGAAGAACUCCUAGGGCCUACGCCUGGUCAGGAUGCCGGGCUCCUCGUCAUGUCCCCUAACCGUACUAAAAGCACUCAAGGGACCCGGUGGGGCCCCAGCUAUCGCCCAACCCCAACGCAACCGGCAGCCUCCCUUCCCUGUGGCUGUGACCCCCCCCCCCCCCCGCUCUCUCCUCAGCCCUUGCUGGAUACUUACCAUCAGGGGUGAAGAUGGGGGCUGUGUGGCCGUGCUGAGCAGGUCCCGUACACCACUGUUUCUCAAACCAGCCCUUGAGGACCCUCAGAUAGUCCAUGUUUUUGCUACCAGGAGCUGGGAGGGAGCAGAAACAUGGUCCGUCUUGGGAUACUCCGGGGCUGGGUUGUGAACACCUGCUUUACACAAAGCAUGUCCGCACUCCCUCACUGUCACCCGGUUACAUAGAGCCUCACUGAUCUUACCGUCAUGACUGAUCCCCCCCCCCCACCACCCCCCGGCUAAAACGCGAUGGGUCUUCUUAACGUUUAAUUCCGAUUGUGUUCCUCUUUUACUACUUAACACUGUAUAUCAUGUUUUAUUGAUUUUUCUUUAAUGUAAAAAACAAAAGGGUUAGUCUGAGAAUUGUACUCAUCCGCUGAAUGAAAUCAGUGCAUUUUAUACAAAUGAUCUAAUGUCGAUGUCCAUUGUUUAUACAACUAUGUACUAUGAAAAUAUAACUAAGAUAUAAAUUGAUUAUAGAUUUUUUCAUUAAAAACUUUUUUCAAGAU